AUGGCGUGCACCGACGAGAGUCCAUUGAAUGAACAUCAACUUAUGCAGGGUGGGGAUCAUCCACAUUCCUGUGAUAUCUACAAUAAAGCACUCAGUCAGAAUACUGUAAAGAACUAUCAAAGCAUAGAUACAGGAGAACGUCGAUAUGACUGUGAUGUGUGUAGUAAAUCAUUCAAUAGAAAGGACAACCUCAAGGUACAUCAACGCAUGCAUAAUGCUGAACGUCCAUAUGCCUGUGAUGAGUGUAACAAAUCAUUCAUUCAGAGAAGUCAUCUUAAGGUGCAUCAACGCAUGCAUAAUGCUGAACGUCCAUAUGCCUGUGAUGUGUGCAAUAAAUCAUUCAGUAGAAAAGACAACCUCAAGACACAUCAACGCAUACAUAGUGGAGAGCGUCCUUAUAACUGUGAUGUUUGUAAUAAAUCAUUUGGUCACAAGAGUGUUCUGAUAGAACAUCUAAACCUACAUAGUAUAGAGCAUAAAUAUUCCUGUCCUGUGUGCAAUAAGUCAUUCAGGCAGAAGAGUAAUCUAAGGAAACAUGAACAUAAACACAGUGAAAAGCAUACAUAA